GGCCGAGGGGGCGGGCCGAGCCUCGGCUGCUGGGACCCGGGGCUCGGCGGCGACACCGAGGCACUCUGUGCGGCUGCUAAAGGGGCAGCAGCGGCGGCCGGCGCUGUGCGCGCCAUAGUGAGGCUCGCUCGCCCGACGCGCACUCCGGGUCGGUCCCCAGAGCUUUGUAGAGGUGACUCGAGUGGGCCGGGCCGGGCGGCGCUGUCGGCUGAGAGGGCAGGGAGGAGGCGAUGAGGAGACAACCAGCCGCCGCCGCUGCUCACCGCCCGCCGCGGCCGUAGCGGGAGUCGGGGCGGGGCUGGGCCAGCUGUACCCCCGCCGGGCCGCGAACCCAGACAAAGGAGGAGGAGCCGCCCCAGAAGCGGGCCAGCGCCGCCGGGAAAGGAGGUCGCCGCCGGGGGUCGCCCGGACUCGCGGGUCGCCGCGCUUCCUCUGCGGGCACUGCAGGAGGCGAGGGCCGCCCCGGCGGAGGAAGUCGACCCCGGGGUCUCCGCCUGCCCGCCGGCGCCGCCUCCCAGCCGCCUCGGCCGUAGCCUCGGUCCGGGCGGGAGGCGGCGGCCGCCGGCGAGGCGAGGCGGCCCGCGCCCUGCCUGUCAGGCCACCGGCCCGGCCCGCGGACUGCCCCCGAUGCGGAGGCGCUGUCGCCGGGGCCAUGCAGCAGGCGCCGCAGCCUUACGAGUUCUUCAGUGAGGAGAACAGUCCGAAAUGGCGGGGACUGUUGGUCUCGGCCCUGCGGAAGGUUCAGGAACAAGUGCAUCCCACUCUCUCAGCUAAUGAAGAGUCUCUCUAUUAUAUUGAAGAGCUGAUUUUUCAGCUGCUUAAUAAAUUAUGCAUGGCCCAGCCAAGGACUGUUCAAGAUGUAGAGGAGCGAGUUCAGAAGACCUUUCCUCACCCAAUUGAUAAAUGGGCCAUUGCUGAUGCACAAUCUGCUAUAGAAAAACGAAAACGAAGAAAUCCUCUUUUACUGCCUGUGGACAAAAUCCAUCCUUCGUUGAAGGUUUUGAUGGACAUGUUUGAUCAGGAUGAUAUAGGUUUGGUUUCUCUCUGUGAAGAUGAACCUAGUUCUUCCGGUGAAUUAAACUACUAUGAUCUUGUCAGAACUGAAAUCGCAGAAGAAAGACAGUAUCUACGGGAAUUAAAUAUGAUCAUAAAAGUGUUUCGAGAAGCCUUUCUUUCUGAUAGAAAGCUGUUUAAACCUUCUGAUAUUGAAAAGAUUUUUAGUAACAUUUCAGAUAUACAUGAAUUGACUGUGAAACUUUUAGGUUUGAUUGAAGACACAGUUGAAAUGACUGAUGAAAGCAGUCCUCAUCCCUUAGCUGGCAGCUGUUUUGAAGAUUUGGCAGAAGAGCAAGCGUUUGAUCCUUAUGAAACAUUAUCACAGGACAUUCUUUCACCAGAGUUUAAUGAACAUUUCAAUAAAUUGAUGGCCAGACCUGCAGUUGCUCUACACUUUCAGUCCAUUGCUGAUGGCUUUAAAGAGGCAGUUCGUUAUGUCCUUCCACGUCUUAUGCUGGUGCCAGUGUAUCACUGUUGGCACUAUUUUGAGUUACUAAAGCAAUUGAAAGCAUGUAGUGAAGAACAAGAAGACAGAGAAUGUUUGAACCAAGCUAUUACUGCUCUCAUGAAUCUCCAAGGUAGCAUGGACCGAAUUUACAAGCAGCAUUCACCUAGACGCCGACCUGGAGAUCCUGUUUGCCCUUUUUAUAGUCACCAAUUAAGAAGCAAACACCUGGCUAUCAAAAAAAUGAAUGAGAUUCAGAAAAAUAUCGAUGGAUGGGAAGGCAAAGAUAUUGGACAGUGUUGUAAUGAAUUCAUUAUGGAGGGACCAUUGACAAGAAUCGGUGCCAAACAUGAACGGCAUAUUUUUCUGUUUGAUGGCUUAAUGAUCAGUUGUAAACCUAAUCAUGGCCAGACUCGGCUUCCAGGUUACAGUAGUGCAGAAUACAGGUUAAAAGAAAAAUUUGUCAUGAGGAAAAUACAAAUUUGUGAUAAAGAAGAUACUUGUGAGUGCAAGCAUGCUUUUGAAUUAGUAUCCAAAGAUGAGAACAGCGUAGUAUUUGCUGCUAAGUCUGCUGAAGAAAAAAACAACUGGAUGGCAGCCCUUAUUUCUCUUCAUUAUCGUAGUACUUUAGAUCGAAUGUUAGAUUCAGUAUUACUGAAAGAAGAAAAUGAGCAACCACUGAGAUUACCAAGUCCUGAAGUAUAUCGUUUUGUAGUAAAAGACUCUGAGGAAAAUAUUGUUUUUGAAGACAACUUGCAAAGUAGAAGUGGCAUCCCCAUUAUUAAAGGAGGAACUGUAGUGAAGUUAAUUGAAAGGUUAACAUAUCAUAUGUAUGCAGAUCCCAAUUUUGUUCGUACUUUUCUUACCACAUAUCGUUCAUUUUGUAAACCACAGGAAUUGCUGAGCUUACUGAUUGAACGGUUUGAAAUCCCAGAGCCAGAACCUACUGACGCAGACAAAUUGGCAAUAGAGAAAGGCGAGCAGCCAAUCAGUGCAGACCUUAAAAGAUUUCGCAAGGAAUACGUCCAACCAGUACAACUUAGGAUCUUAAAUGUAUUUCGGCAUUGGGUUGAACAUCAUUUUUAUGACUUUGAAAGAGAUUUGGAGUUGCUUGAAAGACUAGAAUCCUUCAUUUCAAGUGUAAGAGGGAAAGCUAUGAAGAAAUGGGUAGAGUCAAUCGCUAAGAUCAUCAAGAGGAAGAAGCAAGCUCAGGCAAAUGGAAUAAGCCAUAACAUUACCUUUGAAAGUCCACCUCCAGCAAUUGAAUGGCAUAUCAGCAAACCAGGACAGUUUGAAACAUUUGAUCUCAUGACACUUCAUCCAAUAGAAAUUGCACGUCAGCUGACACUUUUGGAGUCUGAUCUCUACAGGAAAGUUCAACCAUCUGAACUUGUAGGAAGUGUGUGGACCAAAGAAGAUAAAGAAAUAAAUUCUCCAAAUUUAUUAAAAAUGAUUCGCCAUACCACAAAUCUCACCCUCUGGUUUGAAAAAUGCAUUGUGGAAGCAGAAAAUUUUGAAGAACGGGUUGCAGUACUAAGUAGAAUUAUAGAAAUUCUGCAAGUUUUUCAAGAUUUGAAUAAUUUCAAUGGCGUAUUGGAGAUAGUCAGUGCAGUAAAUUCAGUGUCAGUAUACAGACUAGACCAUACCUUUGAGGCAUUGCAGGAAAGAAAAAGGAAAAUUUUGGAUGAAGCUGUGGAAUUAAGUCAAGAUCACUUUAAAAAAUAUCUGGUAAAACUUAAGUCAAUCAAUCCACCUUGUGUGCCUUUUUUUGGAAUAUAUUUAACAAAUAUUCUGAAGACCGAAGAAGGGAAUAAUGAUUUUUUAAAAAAGAAAGGGAAAGAUUUAAUCAAUUUCAGUAAGAGGAGGAAAGUAGCUGAAAUUACUGGAGAAAUUCAGCAGUAUCAGAAUCAGCCUUACUGUUUACGGAUAGAACCAGAUAUGAGGAGAUUCUUUGAAAACCUUAACCCCAUGGGAAAUGCGUCUGAAAAAGAAUUUACAGAUUAUUUGUUCAACAAGUCACUAGAAAUUGAACCUCGAAACUGCAAACAGCCACCUCGAUUUCCUAGAAAAUCAACUUUCUCCUUGAAAUCUCCUGGAAUAAGGCCUAACACAGGCCGACAUGGCUCUACCUCAGGUACUUUACGAGGUCACCCAACACCAUUAGAAAGAGAACCAUGUAAAAUAAGCUUUAGUCGGAUUGCUGAAACUGAGCUGGAAUCAACAGUGUCAGCACCAACUUCUCCAAAUACACCAUCUACUCCACCAGUAUCUGCUUCUUCAGACCUUAGUGUAUUUUUAGAUGUGGAUCUCAACAGCUCCUGUGGCAGCAAUAGCAUCUUUGCUCCAGUGCUUUUGCCACAUUCAAAGUCUUUCUUUAGUUCAUGUGGUAGUUUACAUAAACUAAGUGAAGAGCCCCUGAUUCCUCCUCCUCUUCCUCCUCGAAAAAAGUUUGAUCAUGAUGCUUCAAAUUCCAAGGGAAAUAUGAAAUCUGAUGAUGAUCCUCCUGCUAUUCCACCGAGACAGCCUCCUCCUCCCAAGGUAAAACCCAGAGUUCCUGUUCCUACUGGUGCAUUUGAUGGGCCUCUGCAUAGUCCACCUCCACCACCACCAAGAGAUCCUCUUCCUGAUACCCCUCCACCGGUUCCCCUUCGGCCUCCAGAACACUUUAUAAACUGUCCAUUUAAUCUUCAGCCACCUCCACUGGGGCAUCUUCACAGAGAUUCAGACUGGCUCAGAGACAUUAGUACGUGUCCAAAUUCGCCAAGCACUCCUCCUAGCACACCCUCUCCAAGGGUACCACGUCGAUGCUAUGUGCUCAGUUCUAGUCAGAAUAAUCUUGCUCAUCCGCCAGCUCCCCCUGUUCCACCAAGGCAGAAUUCAAGCCCUCAUCUGCCAAAACUGCCACCAAAGACUUACAAACGGGAGCUUUCGCACCCCCCAUUGUACAGACUGCCUUUGCUAGAAAAUGCAGAAACUCCCCAAUGACCUUAGCCAUAUGUAGUCAUUGACACUGGAAUGGUAUUUGUAAAGUUUUUUUUUAAUUUAUUCAAAAAAAGACAUAGUAUUUUAGUACUUUUUACAAAUAAUGCUCUUACAAAAAUGCUACUGAUCAAAUAAGCUUUUAAGAAUUGGAAAAAUAAAAAUACAAAAGUCCUUCACCAUUAUCCUCAGGUGAUCAGUAGCAUUGCCUUGUCUUGGAUCCUCAGUGCUGCCAAAAGGCCAGUAUAAAGAAUUUAUAUUUGCACUGUAAACUCUGCAAAAAUAUGGUUUAAAGUGACAUGAUUGCACUGAAAAGGGAUAGUGCUUUUGUGAAAUUUUUCAAAUUUGAGUAAUAGAUGCCUUUUUAAGGCAGUGAAUUUACACAAAUAUGGGAGGGGUAUAUGGUGUUACUGAUUUUUAAACCUCUUUGACCAUCUGCUAGUUUUUACUUCUAGUUUUUACAUCUAGGAGAAUUAUGAAUAACACCAACUGUUCUUAAACUCUUUAAUUCCAUGUCUUAAAUGCCGGUAUUUGCUGCUGAAGACAAAAAUGAAAAGUAGGAUGAAAAUAAUAGAAUGGCACUGUAAGUGUUUAUUAUUUUGUCAAAAUGUAAUCAAAGACUACAUAACCCAAUGAUGGAGGUAAAAAGGGCAUGUAUCUCAUUCAGAUGUGCCUUUUGUUUUUGCAGACUAUGAUGUCUUUAGCUAAUGAAUUGCCUAUUGUUAUGGAAAACAGUUAAUAUGCCAUGUAUGUACAGUUUUGUUUAUAUUGUAUAUUUAAAGAUACUGCUAAUAACCUAUAUAAAUUUAAGUGACUUGAGGCCUAUAAUACAAUCUGCUACUUUACUAAUUCAUAAAUUCAAAAAAAAUUCUAUGGCAUAGGAACCAACUGCCUUGCCUUCAAACACCUAGUAACUUUCUCUAUAAAUCUCGUGUUAACUGAAAUUUUUUUAAAAUAUAUUUUUUAGAUUGGUAAUAUUUAAACCAGCAAAUACUUAAAGCUUUAUUAAAUAUUUUAAUCAGAUAAGUGAGUAAAACUUUUAUUUGCCAUUUGGAUGCCUUUGUUCAAAGUGAUAAAGAGUGUUUUGCUGAUAGUGCUGUAGCAGCAGUUGUAAAGUAGCCAAAAGCCACGUUGUUUAUUUACUGGUCUGUGGCCUUUUACUGUGCUUUGUAUCAGAGUUCUUAACAAGAUUAAUAAAUCACCCCAGUCUUAAUUUUUAAAAGA